GUUGUUUUCCUUCGAGCUCGUAACACGAUUUGGUUUGAUUCUUCUGAAUGGGAUCUUCCAUUGGCUAGAACUUUACCCUGGUCCGGGCCAGACGAAACCGAAUGUGGAACGCAAUGUCAAUUUCGAGUUCAGUUGAGCGUCCGCGUCCAUGGAAAACAUAGUCUCCUUCAACGGCAGCAGACCGAGCAGUUUAAACUACACGUAGCAGUUGACAUGGAUGCUUCAAUUGUGAAUCUGGUCUACAAGCGACUGGCGGGUGUGAGCGAUAUGCAGAACGCCGGUGGCAAUGGUUUCAUGUCGAUGGGUUUGUUACAGUCGGUCGUUACCAUUACGAUCACCAGAGAUACGUUGAUGAACACAAACCGUAUGGCAACACAAAUACUCUGCGAACUUGGUGAUCCACUUGGCUAUACCGGCAGAAAUCUACGCCCGUUUGUAUUCCAACUAAACACUGCCGGAGCGUUCCGCGAACUGGAUGAACCAAUCAAUGAUCAACCGGCCACAAGCCCGAAUGCAUCAGAAUCGAACUUAGAGCCUUCAUAUAAACCACAGUGGUCACAAUCAGAUGACCACCUGAAACGGUCCAAGAGGGCCACUGUAUCAAAGGACUCCGUCACAAUCACAGCGGAAGUGAUAUGUGGCAACGAGGACCAGGACUUGCGAGAUAACAAAGCGACAAUUACGUACAAACUUCAGCUGGCUGCAAAAAUUGAGUUGUCCUCAUCUGCUUUGGACCGAACCACAAUCGAUACGAGAAAUUUCACGGUUCAACUCUAUGAAAUGCAACGCAUACACCCGGAAACCUUGGGACCAGAAAUCAAACACAUCUAUCUGGUUUCUAACGACGGUCCGUCUCCCAUCGAAAACCUCUGGGUCAAUGUUUCGCUCCCAAUCCAGACAUCAGAAGGUGAACGACUAGGCUACAUCCUGGAUCGGGUCAGAUACCACGCUGAAGAUGGUGGACCUCCAUUGAUAGCAGCCACAGAACCGGAAGCAACACAAAUACUCUGCGAACUUGGCAAUCCACUUGGCUUUACCGGUAGAAAUCUACGUCCAUUUGUAUUCCAACUGAACACUGCCGGAGCAUUCCGCGAAUUCGAUGAGCCAGUCAAUGAUCAACCAACUACAAGUCCGAAAGCAUCAGAAGCUAGCUUAGAGCCUUCAUCUAAACCAUAUUGGUCACCAUCAGACGACCAUCUGAAACGGUCCAAGAGGGCCACUGUCUUAAAAGUCUCCGUCACAAUCACAGCGGAAGUGAUAUGUGGCAACGAGGACCAGGACUUGCGAGAUAACAAAGUGUCGAUUACGUACAAACUUCAGUUGGCUGAAAAAAUUGAGGUUUUCAUUCGCUGUCGUAUUGAUCAGUUAUCACGUGGCGACGCUGUGCGCAUUGUUAUCCGAGGCCACGUAUGGGCGGAUACGUUCUUCCGUCAUAAGAUUUCGGACCUGGCAAUUGUUAGUGAAGCGCGAUCCGAAAUGGCUUCCGUUGCAUUUGGCAUCUCUGUCCACGGGAAUCGGACCAUUGAACCUCUAGCAAUUUCGCAGAACUUUGUAUUCCAGGGUAUAAAAGUUCCUCUAUUCCGACAAAUCCCCUUAUGGCCGAUCAUCCUUGGAUGCAUCCUGGGAGCCGCUCUGUUAGCUUUCAUUAUCCUCGGAAUGUGGCGUUGUGGGUUCUUCCGACGUCGAAGGUGGUACGACAAUGCGGCAGGAAAUUCCAUGUCUGUGGUUCCAACUGAUUUGUAA